AUCAACAACAGAUUUUUUUAAGGAAUAAUCUGUCCUUGCAUUUGAAUAGGAUCAUCGUAUGAUUGAUGAGUGGAGAGCUAUUCACUUCUGUCGUCAAAUGUGGAGCUGCUGCCGAGGCUGAGAUUAUCUGAGACAGCAGUGGCAGAGAGAGAUGGCGAUAGACUCAGAUCAUGGAGCUUUCGUGGAGAAAUUCCUUCUCCGACCGCCGUCUUCAUCACAUGACCUUCCUCUGAGCGGCCUCACCUUUGCUGUUAAAGACAUAUUUGAUGUGGCUGGACGUGUGACUGGGUUUGGGAAUCCUGAUUGGGCGAGGACUCACCCGGCUGCUGAAUCAACAGCUCCGGCUGUUUCAGCAAUAUUGAGUGGAGGUGCCACAAGUAUUGGUAUAACUGUCAUGGAUGAAAUGGCAUACUGUAUGAAUGGAGAGAACAAGCAUUAUGGCACACCCAGAAAUCCGUGCGCUCCAGAUAGGGUGCCUGGAGGCUCUUCUAGCGGUUCUGCUGUUGCCGUAGCUGUAGGCCUCGCAGAUUUUUCCUUAGGAACUGACACUGGAGGAAGUGUAAGAAUUCUGCAUCGCAUUGUGGAAUUUUUGGGUUUUCGGCCAUCUCAUGGUGUCAUUUCUACUUCUGGAGUUACUCCUCUGGCACAAAGUUUCGAUACAGUGGGUGAGAAAUCAAUGACAUUUUAUAUUGCAGACUGGCUUAGGAAAUAGAU